UCUGAUGUUGGGUGCUCUUGAGCCUUGGUCCGUUGACCGUAGUACACAUAGCUGCUUCAACAACUACUACAACUUCAACCACUACUACUACUACUACUACUACCAUCACUUCGCCAUCAUUCAUGGUGGGCAAAGAUUGAGUUAGUUUUUCUUCGAAUGACGCAUGGAGCCUCUAAAUGGCGGCUUGUUGUUGACCUGAUUUGCUCUCCAAUUCCACGCUGGAUCGAACGUGUCGUCCUUUAAGGUUGAAUAUCAUUGGUCAUACGGAAUAGCAACGAUUGUGUGCGUGAACGUGUAUUUCGUCGUCCUUUUUGUCUUCCCAUUGGAAACGACCUUGUCCAAGUUCAAUUUCCUCUUGGGACGGACCCGUUCCGCAAUUUGUAAGUAACGAAGACCCGCCGGUGGCGUUCCCUUUCAUGUGGGUGCGUUUGCCUAUGGCUUUCCUUUUCCUGGCUUCCCUCUUGCCAUCCUUUCCUGGCUUGGAACAAGUUGAGCCUUGUGCCUGUCUGUACAUAGCUAACGACGGACGUCGACAGUACGUACCACCGAGUAUACACGUCGCCUGACUUUGCUGACUUCCCAAGCGCAUAGUACAUCAUCUUCCUCCAUGAUCAAUACAGUCUAGUGCAGCUUCAUGUGGGACGCUAGUACUCGAGUUCUUGGAUCCUGACCAAAACAGAGUCACACGGAAACUGUCUACCCGUUCUAUCACAAGUUCAUUCUCUCCAUUACUGUCGAGUCAACUCGUAGGUGUGAUUGUCGUUAAUCUAUUCUUUAGCGUGAGUCUCGGGUUCGAAUCCCUCUCCUACCGCCAUGGAACGUAAGAGGUCAUCUUCCAUGACACGGCAGUCGUCCAAGCGGUUCUAUCGCUCCGACAGUCAAGGUGAUUUAGCCAAGUUUUGGGACCAUGGCGAGCAUUUUGCCAUGCAAAACCGAUGGGUGUUUGAAUGUGCGUGGGAGGUGGCGAAUAAAGUGGGCGGGAUCUACACGGUCAUUCGAUCUAAAACCGGCGUGUCUGUUAAUGAGCUCGGAGAUCAGUAUGUGCUGUUGGGACCUUACUUCGAGUUUAAGGCCAAGCAAGAAGUGGAGGAGGAGGAUUUCCCUUACCAUCAUCCCUUGGGUCAAGCCGUGGAAAGGGCUCGACAAAAGGGCUACCGCAUCCAUUGCGGACGAUGGCUCGUGGAGGGUAAUCCACAAAUCAUUCUAUUCGAUGUGGGAUCCGCCGGAGCCAAGAUGAAUGAGUUCAAGCACGAGCUUUAUGAAAAAGCCGGCAUCGGUAUUCCUCAUGAAGACGUCGAGGCCAACGACGUUUGUAUUUUCGGCUUAAUGGUGGCCGAAUUCUUAGGGGAUUUCCGAUUCCUAGCCGAAAAUUACUCUGACAGCCCGCCUAGGAUCGUGGGGCACUUCCACGAAUGGAUGGCAGGGGUUGGCUUAAUCAUGUCCCGGAUUUGGAAGAUCGACAUUGCCACUGUGUUCACGACUCACGCCACGUUAUUGGGUCGAUUUUUGUGCGCCGGAGCACUUGAUUUCUACAACAAGCUGGAUCAAUUCAAUUGUGACGAGGAAGCGGGAAAACGAGGAUUUUAUCAUAGAUAUUGCAUUGAACGUGCCGCUGCUCAUUUGUGUCAUUGUUUCACUACCGUGUCUGAUAUUACCGGGAAAGAGGCGGAACAUCUCAUUAAAAGAAAGCCGGACAUGAUCACCCCCAAUGGGUUGAACGUGCAACGUGAUCUCCACGAGUUUCAAAACCUUCAUGCCGAGUCCAAGGAGAAAAUCAAUCAAUUCGUUCGAGGACACUUUUACGGCCAUUUUGAUUUCGACCUGGACAAAACGCUAUAUUUUUUCAUUGCUGGGCGUUACGAAUUCGGAAACAAAGGCGCUGACAUUUUUAUCGAGUCCUUGGCUCGUCUAAAUCAUCUGCUUAAAGAGGCCAAGUCCGACAAGACUGUGGUAGCUUUCCUCAUCUUCCCAACCAAGACGAAUAGCUUCAAUGUCGAAUCUCUAAGAGGACACGCUGUCACCAAGGGUCUCAAGGAUACCAUUGAUGAAAUCCAGAAAGUUGUGGGCAAUCGACUUUAUGAGACAUGUCUUAGAGGAAUGGUGCCCGAUGGGAAUGACCUUUUGUCCAAGAAUGAUAUCGUGAAGCUCAAGCGCUGUAUCUUUGCUCAAGCUCACACUAAUCUGCCACCCAUCACCACACACAAUAUCGUCGAUGAUGCCAUGGAUCCCGUCAUGAAUGCAUUCCGCCGCUGCCAGCUCUUCAAUAACAGAACGGAUCGGGUGAAAGUGGUAUUUCAUCCCGAGUUCCUCACCUCAACCAAUCCUUUGUUCAACCUAGAUUAUCAGGAAUUUGUUCGAGGUUGUCAUAUGGGAGUCUUCCCCAGCUACUACGAACCUUGGGGCUACACACCCGCUGAGUGCACGAUUAUGGGUAUUCCAUCGAUUACAACCAAUCUCUCAGGUUUUGGUUGCUUCAUGCAAGAGCAAAUUGUCGAUCCUCAAUCAUAUGGAAUUUACAUUGUGGACCGCAUGCACAUUGGGGUGGAGGAAUCCGUGUCCCAAUUGGCAAAAUGCAUGAUGGAUUUCGUGGGCUUGAAUAGGCGUCAACGCAUCAUCAUGAGGAAUCGAACUGAGCGACUCUCCGAUAUGCUAGAUUGGAAGUCCUUGGGUAUCUACUACCGACGUGCCCGCAUGCGUGCUCUGCAAAAUGUGUUCCCUGAUGUGAGUGAGAACGAAGAGGCUCCUCGACUUCCCUCUCGGUUGAACUAUCCUCGACCCAUCUCUGAGCCACCCUCCUUGGCUCCGUCCCGUGCCAAUUCUCCGAACUCAUCCGCUCCCGGAUCGGAUUCCGAGGCUUCCCAUGAUUCUGAAGAGGAAGAGGCCGAGCUUCAGACCGCUUUGUCACAGUUGCAAGCCUCCUAAGGAGAUUUUCCAAGUUAGGUUUUACCUGGGCAAGCGAAAAUUAAAAAGACUCUGCAAUUUCUAAUACUUCCAUGUGCAACACUGAAGAUGAAGGAUAGAGUCGAAACCUAAACUACAUUGGAAGUUGUAGGUCCGAUUUAGAAGAGAUAUAACAUUCGAAUCCCCAAAAUAUCAAUCACAGGAUGAAAUGCCACAAUACAUAUGGAAUUAUUCUUGCAUUUUAGUGCACAUAAAAUGAAUCAAAAGGCA